AUGAGUAACUUACAGGCAAAGGAGAGGAUAGAUCUGACUCCUCGAACUUUGACAUUGACCAGCGUCGAUGACAAGGUGUGGCUGGGCAUACCAGAGGAGAACUUGUUUAAUGACUCGUUCACUAUUGAGAAGUAUUAUAUGUUGCAGAGUAAACCAUUCUCGAACUUUAGGGAUGCAGAUCACUUCAAGGCUAUUGAACAGAUUGAACAGUCAUUCUUCCCAUCCUACAAGGAUAGGUUCGAGUCAUCUGAUCAAUCAGAUGACUCUGACUCUGGUACAGAUCAAUCGACAACAACAUCAACAACAACAUCAAAGGCAACAACAAGUAGUAGUAGUAGUGGUGCAACGGGUACAGUCGGUCAGACAUCCACAUCAUCACAGUCAUCACCAACAUCAACAACAUCAACAACAUCAACAGGUGGUGGCGCUGUUAACACAAGCAACAAUAACAAUGUAACAACAUCAUCUUCAACAUCGGGCAACAGCACACCUCCACGAAGCCAAGCAUCUAGAUCGGUUGCAACAAACCAAAACAGAGCCAGCGGUGGACUUAACAGCAACAACAACAGUAGUAGCAACAACAACAACAACAAUAACAACAACAACAACAUUGGCACAAGCGGAAGGAACUCUGCUCAACUACAACAACCAGCAACAGGCAAGCGUAAGAGCAAUACUGUUCGCUCCUCAACAGAGAUAGCUUCAUCAUCAAGUGGAGGUGUCAGCAGUGGCACCACGAGCAAACCUCCAGCACAGUCAUCAUCGACAUCGGCUCAACAAUCAGCGAAUGCUUCAUCGACAACACAACAAACAGCGACACAGUCCUCCUCCGCAAACAAUUCGACCGCACAGUCAGUGUCUGGCGGCGGUCAAACUGCACAGUCAAUAGGCAGCAACCCAUUCCACGAGGAGUCUAGGAACCGCCAGAACAUCCCCGUGUAUCUGAUCGAUGAGGACCCCUUUCACACGCAUCAGAUCACAUCCACGCUCAUCCUCGAGGAUCUCUACUCACAAUCAAACGUCAACACUGCCUACUACUCCACAUUGCUUCAGAAGCGUCUGUGUAUCCUCAAGCGAAUCCAUCUUGCAUUGAAGCGUGAGAUUGCAAGGAAGAAGCUGUUCGACUCUGUCUAUCACUCAAAGGCAAAGACUAGGACAAAGAAGGUGCACACGCCACCAAUCUCGAUAAGGAUAGCAUGUAGAUUAUUCAUUACGACGCUGCAGGAGCAGGUGUUUGAGCAGCGUAUCUCGCUACCAACGCUAAAGUCAUUCAACUUGAUGAUCCAGGAACUGCCGCCACUGUCACUGGCAGGCGAGCCACAGGACUGCAUCGAUAGUUUGACCAGCUGGUUGCUGUCCGCAAUCAGCACCAACAUCGUCCACAUCAAGCGCGAGGCCAUGGAGGCGCUCAUUUCACUUACCCUGAGUCAGGGCUCCCUCAACUCUAUUUUGUUUGCACUGUCAUUGAUCAUCAUGCCCGAUCGGCUGCAACAACAUCUCCAAGGAGGAUCAAAGUCGUCAGCGUCCGUCGCUGCAGCGGCAACAGCAUCAGCCACCACCGGUGCCGCCAGUCCCCCUCAUCAAUCAUCCAACACUGGCAGUGGGGAGUCUUUCAGUCCCAAUGCAUCGGCACUGUGGAAGGCCAACAACAACGAACCACUUACUCUUCGAUUGAUCCCCAUCAUUCGCCAACUCGAACAAUGGAAGGUUGACCUGCCCCUCAGUCCUCUAACGCGUGACCUUCUGUUUGCAACAUGGCCAAUGCUUUGGAAUGACAAUGCAUCGCAGGAUUCUUUGGCAUUCUUGUCGUCUCCCAAUCCAAACAUCGCGACAAUCACUUCGGAUGGUGAUUAUAUAUACAUUCACGACAAUUGUGGACUUGCAAAGAUUGGCACUGGAUACUCUGGUACACAUCAGGGCAGGAUAUACGCGAGGAAUGGCCAUUGGUUCCCCAAGGAGAAGGGCUGGCUAGUGUCGAUCGACGGAUAUCUAUACUAUAGGUCACCUUCCACCGACCAAGCAUCAUUGAUCGUCAUUGACCCGGUCACACUACAAGAGGUGGGCCGCAUCAAUCAGGACGGCUCGGGCUCGCUGCCCACCACCAACAAUCUCACACUGCCAUUUGGCCCCGAGACCACGCAGUCGUCAUCGCUCGAGGACGAGUCGAUGGUGCUGGCCACAUCGGCCUUCCACCUCACCACACGCUCGCCAAUGUUUACGGACGGUCGCUACCUCUACAUUCUGUCACUUCAACGCUUCCAUCACUACAAGAACAACAAGCAGUUUAUCGUUGAUAUGUACGACCCGUUCCACUCUUUCAAACACAUCAAACGUAUCGAACUGCGAUAUCCCGACUCGGACGUCAACGAGGAGGUCGUGCUGAACCCGGUCGUGCUUGAGCUGGGCUCAUUCUACACCAAUGGACAGUAUCUGAUGGUGGUCCUGCCGCCACCCCUGGGCAGCGAUUACAAUGCCGAUGCCAAGAGCUACCUGUGCCGCGCAUUCAGUCUCACAGACGGCUCGCUUAUAGGCAACUACUGUCUGGAGAGCCAGCCUAUAGGCUUGGCGUCCACCUAUGACUACGUGAACAAUGUCAUCUGGAACUAUUCAAGCAUCCAGAGUGAGGUCGGUCGCUAUGGAAACGAAGGCUUUGGACCCAAGCACACAUUCCCCACCGGUCUGCCAUUGCGCGAGAGUCAAUCACCUGAUCACACGUCAGUCUCCCCCUCAGCCACCUCCGCAACGACUUCAACAUCAUCAACAACAACUCACACAUUCAUGCCACUUACCGAGUCGACCUCGAGUGAUAUGCUUGGUUUGGAGCCUAAGCAGAUCGUGUCCACGGUGUUGGGCAUGCUGAGUCGUUUGUCCAUCGACUACAUGCCAUCGAUAUCGGACAACAACACCAUCCAUCACCUCUACAAGCUCAACGAGCCGUACAGCGUGGAGGUGACGUACAGCACCUUCUCGCAGCUCUACUCCAUCCUCAAGCACUACCAGGCACAGAUUCGCGUCGAUGCCUCUAUCGGCUCACCCAAGAACCUGGACAUACUGCGAUGUAUAAUAUAUUCGUUGCGAUUGCUCAAGGUCAAUCUGUUCCGCCUGACCUCAAACAUACGCAGUCUUGAGCGCAGCCAGCAGCACUACCAAGACUCCUCGCGCGACUCACUACUCAAGUGCGUCGAUCAGACGUUCCUUUACCAUCUUCGCGACCUCUUACUGGGCUUCAUCAUCGAGGGCAUCUCUGGCUCUUCGUCUUCGGGCUCAUCGUCGCCGCCAAACAAUCUCCCUCCCCUGCCCAAGCACACAUUCACAACCACAACCACCCAACAAGAGUUGCCCGAGUUCAACUCAAUCAUUGAAGAGUCAUGCGAAGUGUUGACGAUUGGACUGGACCUCUUCUAUCCCACCUCGUUGGACAAGGCCAACUUUGUCAAGAUGUUGCUGGAGGAGGUGAUGAACCAUCGAAAGGCGCUCGCCUCAUCAUUGUCCAAGCAAUCGAACAAGCACCAAAAGGAGAAGGGCUACUCAAUGUUGCUCAACUCUGUGCUCUCACUGCUGGCCAAUCAUCCCAAUGCAUCAUUCUUUGCCCUGCCCCCACUGCUCUCGGAGAUCCCCUCACCAUUCAGUGUGUUUAGCACGUUUGGUGCAGAGUAUCCCUCGGACAAGCCAUUCGAUCCAAUGAAUCUCUUUGUGCCAAUAAUCAAACACCUGCUGGUCGAGGCGCAGGCCACUAUCCCCAAGCAAUCACUGGAGCCACAGCGACAGGACCCAAACAAUCAGAACCUUGGCUUCUCAUUCUUCUCGUCGGCGCCGCCCCCACCUCUUGCCUCAUCAUCUCCCGCCAUGCGACUCCUGCUCGCUGUCCAAAAGGACUUGGUGCUUCGCGUGGAGAACUCUGUCGUGGGCACGGACGCACCAUCGCAGGCCCUCGUGGCCUACUCUCGUCUGCUCAUGGACAAGUGCAAGGAGCUACUUUUGGGCGUGCUCGACUCGGAGACACCGCAGCGAAGUCAAUCAAUCCUUCUCAUGGACUUCAAAUCAUCAGUCGUUGGCGCACUGCUGCCCACACUCAUACACUCAUUGUUCCUGUUCUCGCAUCACAUUUGGCUGGCCAAGGAGAUGCUCCCCUCGCUCGUGCCAUUGAUCGGCGUUGUGGAUCGCAUCAACAGACGUCUACCCAAGCUUCUCAACCGGCCAGAACUCGGACGCCAGCCCCUCCAAAAGCGCAGUAGCUUUGUUGAGGGACCCAGCAGGAUAUCCGAGUCGCCACAUCCCUAUCACCCGUUCAUGAACACGCGCCAGGUCGUCUCGAUCCCCGGUUCGGUGUUUUUGUCGCUGGUGUUUGACGAGCGGUCAAUGACCAGCACAGCGGACGACGUACUUCAGAUCUAUGAGUCGGCCGACUCCAAGGAGCCCAUGGACAAGUUCUCAUUGUCGCAGUGGCCCAAGCGACGUUUCUUGAUCCCUGGCGACACGGUCGUCUUCCAGUUCGUCACUGGCUCGGCCAGCGGCAUCACAAACCCCUACGCCUUCUGGGGCUAUCGUUGCAACAUCAUUGGACAUAUGCCCAACUCGGACAAGACCUCGCUACCCUGGUCAUCGCACCUGGAGAAGACCAUGUGCUGUCUAGCUGGCCGCUUCUCCGCGUCGUUGAUAUGUGGUGACACAUUCACCGACCUCGAGUAUGAACACCGCCAGACACUUGAGUCGCCGUUGUUCCAAGGCAGCAUCGAAGAGGAGUACGUCUCACAGGUGUUGUUUGGUCCCGAGAGCAAUCUGGUGGCGUCUCCACACCCCAACCCCAAGCCUCAACCCUGCCCCAUCGAUGUGAUGUCCACUCCACAGGCAUCCCAAUCAUCACAAUGGCAGGCCAUCCAGAGAUUCUGUGUCUCAUUGGCCAAGCGCAACAACGAAGUCUACUCACAGUCCCUGUCAGACUUUAUGUGGCACUACAUCACGGGUGAGCCCCUCAAGGGCAAGGGCAGCAUCAAGACCGCGCAACAGGCAACAAUCGCAGCUCUGAUCAAACAUCUCGGACUGAGCGAGCUGGCCAUGAACUUUGCACUUGAGAUCAUACAGUUUCGCUGCAAGGAGAUGGUUGAGGGCAAGGCCGAGUCGGGAAUCAUGCACCAGCUCAAGCCGCCCCAGCAGUUGGUCGAUGUUUGGAAGUCUGUCGGCCACAUGCGCCACAUAAUCAUUCAGCGCCACCAGGAGAACCUCAACAACAAUCUUGGCAACAACACAACUUCCACCACAGGCUCUGUGAGCAACGAGGACGAGUCGGCCAAUCGACGCAGCGUCCACGCCACCCUGCGCGAGACCAUCUACAAGGACGUCACCGACAAGAUCGUUGAUCGUGCAAUGUUCCUCAUGCAGCUGCAGUCAUGCAACAACAGUGACGAGCCCAACAAGAGCAAGGAGGCGCAACAACAAGUUUGGAGUGACAUUACCAGCUCAGUCAUCAACUUCUCUCUCUCAAACAUCUCACUGGACGUCAUCAAGAUGAUACUGGCGACGAGAAGAUCACGAGCCUACACUCGUGGGCUUGGCCUGCAGGCCAUGAUUGACAUCCUGCGCUGCACAUCCGACCACACAAUGAAGCAUGAGGUGUUGUGCUACAUUGGCCCAGCGCUGCGUAACAGUGGCUUUGUCAAACAACGCUCGCCUCCCUUCCACUACCUUGAUCAUCUGCGUGGCUGUGGCAGUCGACUGCUGCUCGACAUCAAGAAGACAUUUCGUCUGCUCAUGGAGGACAUUGCCGCAUUGCUCCAAGACCCCAACAGCGACUCGACAUUGCGCGUCUACGCGCUGGACGCCUUCACUCUGAACUUCACUAGCGAGGACGCUGACCUGCUGACCUCGGUCGACAUCUUUAACAAGAUACACAAUCUGAUGACCAACGAGUCGGUGUGGGGUGGACUGUGGACCUCGGGUAGCGUGCCUGCCGCUCAAGGUCAGAGCCCGAUCAACAACAUGUUACUGCACACGCUUGGCUCUAGCUCGUCGGGCGGCACACAUACAGGUAGUCUAUUCUCAAACAGUGGCGGCAACAAUAACUUCUCCUCAGUUGGCACAUUCAUUGAUGAGGAGCGACAGGAGAAAGAACGACUCAAGAAGAAUGCCAAGGCGCUCUUUAGAUUCCUCGGUCUGAUCUGUGUUGGUGCGCCAAACAACAGCAGCUCCAACAAGCCACAGACGAGUAAGGACGCCGCGUCCAUGAGCAAGUCACUCGAGACUCUACGCGAUACAUUCUUCCAACUCGUCGAGACGCAACUGGACUCCUCAUUGGCGUACCUUCAGGAGCAGAACAAGACUUACUGGCUUGGUUCCUACUUACCAAUGGCUGGCACUACCCCACCCAUUACAGGCAAGGGUCGACGCAUUCUACGUGGCGAGCGAUCAUUCAACAAUGACUUCAACGACACCCUUUCGCUACUCUACAUCCUGUCGGCAUUCAACUCGGUAAAGUCGCGACUGACCGCGCCGUCCUUUUUGCAGAUCUUCCAUUGCAUCUUGCAGGUGGGCGAUGAGACACAUCGCAAGCUGACCCUUCGUAUCUUCCGAAGGAUUUUGCCAUACGUCUCGCCCGAGAGCCUCGUGGUGCCGACGGGCAAGAGCAAGCACUCAUCAUCAUCGAUACCACCAACAUCUGCGGCGCACUCAUUCUCAACACCACAGCCGCCACAACCAACAUCAGGCGCACACAAGAGCCUGUUCACAUUGCUCCUGGACAUUGUUGGCGCGAUUAGCUAUUGGGGCUGCACGUCGGACCUGCUCGAGACCGCCAAGUACAUCGAUCCUCGCUUCUUCAUCACGGCCUCCAACUACAACCUGUUCUUCAGUAGCAACUACAGCACCAAGAUCGACUCGUCGCCCUCAUUCUUCUCGAUCUUUGACAAGAACACAGUGCUACCCACGUGCUGGGACACCAGCACCGUUCAAGGCGUGCGAUUCUCCAACGAUGCCAAGAUGGCCACAUUCUCAUCGAUGAUGGGCGACACCGUGUCAGGCAUCAUUCGCUCGGACAACGUGAUCCCAGAGUCGAUCCCCCUGUUCUACUUUGAGCUCAAGAUCGAGAACGACCUCAGCGCAUCGGACAAUGUAAAUGCCCCCGUCAACUGUGUCAUUGGCCUCGUGGCCAUGAGCCACGUGUCGCAACUACGCACCUUGCGGGACUGGAAGUAUGGCUACGGUUUCUCUGGCAAGGACGGCCACAAGGCAUGCCACCGUGUCAACUCUAGUCGCUCGCGCAAAUACGCCGCAUCAUUCACACGCAACGAUGUCGUGGGCUGUGGCUGGAACCGCAAGGAGGGCAAGGUGUUCUUCACAAAGAACGGCAAGUACCUCGGCACGGCCUUCAAGAACGUGUUUGGCGACUACUACCCCGCCGUGCAGCUCGGCUCCAACGUGUCACUCUCUGUCAACUUUGGCGCGUCUCCCUUUCUCUAUGACGUCACGCCGCUCACCUCCUCACACCUCGAGCAAACCAUCUCGGAGAAGAACAUGCCCUCCAUGUCCCUAUCCUACGUCUCGGAGGUCAUAUCACUCCUGCGCAUUCUCCUACGCGCACCCCUUUGGAAGCCACACAUGCAGCGAUACAUUGAGGAGGGCUUGAACCUCCUGCCCUCGACCAUCGUGCAAGACACACUGCGACCCAUGUCCCCACCCGCGACAAAAUCCUUGCUGCAGGUCUUCUCAACAAUCACAAUGCUGGCCGGUCAUCUAGAUGGCAUUUGGAAUGGUGCGAGGGUACAGGUCGACCUUGGUUCAGGGCGUCAUGAGAAGGGUACGGUCAUUGAGUACUCGCCCCUGAGCAACCUUUGUCGCGUACUGCUCGAUAGCAACAUACCCAAGCUCUACCGCACGGUGCAUCACCGACGCAAUCUCAAGCCAAUCACAGAGAUCGCAAUCGACUUUGGCCAGUUCCUCCCAUCGUCCUCAUCCAUCCUACCCAGUCUCUCGGUGUUCCUGCGCCCCACAUCAAUCCCCACGGCCAUGCCAUCAAUGUUGUUGACGCCACCAUCAUCGACCAGCGACUCACAAUCAUCCAAGCAUCAAUCGAUGACCUUCAGGACAGAGCAGCGCAACAUCUAUCUCUUUGUCAAGUCGCGUGUGAUGAAGGUGCUCGGCUACAUGUUCAAGCAUCCCGAGUGCGCCAAGUACUCACUCGAGGAGAUACUCGUGCCAAUCCUGGUCGAGUUUGCCCUGGGCCGUCCCAUCCAAUUCAUUGACGAGCCCAAGAUUGAGAAGAUGGAGCGACUAUCAUUCUUGAUCAAGGAGCGCAUCUAUGACUCAUCGUUCAAGUUGUUCAUCACGGCUGGAGGCGAUACUUCUGGCCCAUCCAUUCCUGCCGGCGGCGGUGGCAACAACAAGGAACCCGAGGACCUGGGCACGAUCACAGAUAUCAACGACCUCGACGACGAAGACAAUGAGAUGCUCGAGGAGAUUGAAGAGUUUGAUGAUAUGGGCGUCAUUGAUCUGGAGGGCGACGAUUCGCUCGACAGCAAUCGACCCAACAAUGGUGACCCAGGCUCCAGGGGUGACUCUGGUCCGCGCAGCCAUCGCAAGAAGGGCAGUGGCGACGGCAGUGGACUUCAUGUCAAGUCCCGCCACAACUCCACCAACAACAACAACAGCAACAAUCCAGAGUUGGACGAGGUGGACAGCCAGAACGUGGCCAACGACGACGAUGAGAACUUGACAGAGGACGAUAUACCCGAGGAGGGCAUCCCAGGCAAGCGCAUCUCAUGGGGCGACAUCCAACCGGGCAUGUCCGUGAUGAUCAGUCGUCGCGAGAAACUCGUGUUAUGUCGCAGCAAUUGGGUGCUGGACAUGGAUCGCAUCAUUGGCGCGGUGGGCAUCGUCAAGAGCAUCGACAAGAAGCACAAGCAGGUGCUGGUGACAGUGUUGGACGAGGACACAUUCUCGCUCGUCGACUGGUGGCUGUGCUACGAGGUGCUGAUCCACCCGCCCAGUCCGGACAAGUCCACCAAGAACCCCCUGCAGUCGAUCGACAAGUACUCGCACUCACAGCUUGUGCAACUGGACGCGUCGUCCGAGCUGGCGCUCUCAAUUCUCUUUGCGCGCCAGGCACUCAUCUCAUUGCUGGUGUCAUUGCCAAACAACAUCCGCGUGGCCUACACAUCAUUUGGUGGCGCCAAGAACCUGAUCUACAUUCUCAAGCUCACGCUACAGACCUCACUGCUCAACAGCUUUGGCGGCAAGAAGACGUUCAACAACAACAGCAGCAUCACAAAGCUGUUCAGCAGCAUCAGCAGCAACGCCUACAUGCACAAGGACCUCCAAAACCUCAAGAUGCUUCAGUCCAAGCUCACUUAUCUCAUUCGACAGGAGACCCAGCUGCACCCGCCAGUCUUCUCCGAUGUCAUCAUUGGACAGCCCGCCACGCACUCCAACGGCACACACCAUCGCAAGCAGUCUACGCCAGUCUCGCUAUCGACAGGUUCAUUCAGCGAGCGAUUGGAGAAGCAACUGUCAUUCAAUGAGAAAUCGCUUGCUGCGCUCUCAUCCUCACUGGGCCCAUCACUUGGUGCGUCACUCGCAUCAUCGCUUGAGCAGCUCAGCAGCACGCCAGCCAACAGUGGCAGCGGUGUUAGCACUGGAAGCAGCUCACCUGGAGAUGGUCCCAAGUGGCGCAGCUACAAGCCGCCAAUGACCCCACCAAUAGGCGCACUGGCUGGAAACAGUUUGGGCGAGCCACUCAAGUCUGGCAAUCUGAUGAAGCAACAAAAGAUCAUCAAGUUGUGGAAGCGAGUCUUUGUUGUGUUGUCAAGCGAGACGCUGUAUUACUACAAAUCGUCGCAAGGCCAGACCCAGCAGACAACAGCCACUCUCACGCCCACAGUGAUCAACUCAUUCUCAAAGGAGACAUCGACGCUUGCGCCCAUCGGCUCGAUCGACUUGCGUGACAUUGUGUCCGUGACCCAGGUAUCCAUACCAAAGCAGAGCAAACUGUUCAACAAGAAGGACUACUGCUUCCAGGUGACGGUAGCCUCGAACAAGACGCACUUGUUCCAGACCUCGACACAAGAGGAACUCAACGACUGGCUGCAGAUCAUCAACACGGCCUACAACUCCAGUCCGUCCGUGCGCUCCAAGGCCAAUACGCUGACGUCCAACUCUCUGGUCGACGUACUCGUCAAGGAGUGCGCGCUGCAACUCAAGGACACGGCGCACAAGCCUCUGCCGCAGCUAGUCGACGAGUCGCCCCAUCCAUACCCCGCCAACUACAAGUGCAAGAAGAUCAUUCGUAUCGAAGGCGCUCUCUCACUGCUCAUUGUCUUUGACUCGCGCACAUCGACCGAGCCGGGCUACGGCAUGUUGAAGCUCUACUAUGACCCGUGCUGCACGGACCACAUCGCGUCGUUCAGUGGAAACGUCGCCUCGUUCCCGCCAACACUGGUGCACGCCGGUCAAUGCUGGAUGAUCUUCAACGCCGACUCUCCCAACUCGGACUGGGGAUACAAGUUCACGGUCACACCGAUACGCAUGCGCACCAGCGAUGUCAGUCUGCUGCCCAACCCCAACUUUGAGUUUGCCUGCUUCCUCGUCGACUGGAUCCUUCAGCUGGAGAUGCAUCACUUCACCACCAAGUACCCCAACUACUUUAGCAACGACCUGGUCGAGCUGCUGCUCCAACAUCUCGAGGUGUCACAGCCGCUCGAUCGCAAGCUCAAGGUGAUCAACUUUUUGGCACGCAUACUCCAGAAGCAAAGCGAGUCCAACUCAUUCACGAGCAAGCUGGAUCACCUCAAGGAGGAGAUGUUCAAGCUCUACAAGUUUGAGCGUCAGAUCAACCCCUCGGGCGGCGGCAACACACUGCUCUCGCAGUAUCUCCAACGACUCAUCGAGCUCUGCGUCCAUGUGGACAUCAACAAGACGCAGUUGGGCCUCGAUAUUCAUGCCUCAUCGCCCUCGUCCAGCGGCAUCCUCAAUAGUGGCGGCGGUAACAACAGGAACCAACAGCAUGCAGCAUUGUCGCCAGACCAGGACUAUCGCGCAUGGUACUACCGCACGCUCAAGACCUACAAGGUGCUGGACAACCUGUUCAAGGGCAAGGGAUUCAAUCGCGAGUUCAUCAAGGAGUCGUUUGUGGGCACGAGACACAAGCAGGUGGUGGACAGUCCGCACCCCUAUCCACAGGGUGUGCGCGUCACCGCCAACAUCCUUAUACCCAACGCCAUCUCGCUCAAAGUUGAGUUUGAUCCCAAGUCCAAGACGCAGACCUACGUCGACUAUCUGAUGUUCUCAAAGAGCACGCCUGGUGGCGAUGAUCUUGGAUUCUUCACUGGCGACUUCCCCACACAGCAGCCCAUCCUCAUCGCAGGCGACCGAUUCAUUUGGUCAUUCUACUCUGACUCGACCGAGUCAGAGUGGGGCUUCCGCUUCACCGUGACUCCAAUCUUCCCCGAUGACAUCCAAAAGGAACACGAGUUGCAGUACGACCGAGAGAUCGAGUAUCUCUUCUCCAAGCCCUGGAAUCAUUCCCUCGAUCAGGAGCUCGUCAAGUUUGUCAACACAGUCUGUGAGAAACAAAAGAAGACUCCAUCACAACUUAUCUUCGAUCAAUGCCUCACAACAGAGUACUUGAUGCUGUUCCCUCAGCUCUUUGGCGUGAACGACCCAAUGGUGCUGCAGCUGCGCUUCAUCAUUUUGAAGCACUUCAACACAUGUUGCCAGAGCUUCCUGCAGUACAUUGAUCUGCGUGGCGCCAGUGAGGACUGGUCGAUCGCCUACCGUCUGUGCAGUCUACGUGGUUUACUCUUCUACGACAUCAAGCUCGAGGUGCUGGGCAGCUCUUUGCAGAGCACCCGAUUCUUUGGUCGACGCCCAAUGCUCUACCUCAAUCGCAAUGGCACACUCUUUAGCUCGUCAUCAUCGAGUGCAGCAUCGUCAGCCGCUGGCAACACAUUGUCUGGUGCAUUUGGACACACACACAACCUUCGCCAGAGUCACUAUCUCAACUCCAAUGACUAUCUGCUCAUCCAUCAACAGCCAUCACAGAUCCUACAACAGCAACAGCAACAACACGCCCCCAAGAACAUGCUGUCUCCACCCCAUGGCGCGCAGCAGAGUGAGUCACUCUUCUUCCAAGCCUUCCGCCAGAUUGGCAUGAUGGACCCAUCGCGACUCAGACACAAUGAUCGCGCUUGGGAGGUGAAGCUCGAGAGAGAGGGCGCCCGCGACGCAGGAGGCCCCUAUCGCGAGUCAAUCACUCAAAUCAUCAGCGACUUGCAGAGCGUCGACUUGAACCUCUUCCUCCCAUGUCACAAUGCCCAAGGUGAUGUGGCAUUCAACCGCGAUAAGCUCGUGCCAAACUCGAGCGCCAACUCUCCAUUCUCACUGCAACUCUUUGAGUUUGUUGGUCGCCUCAUUGGCAUUGCGAUCAGGACCAAGAACUGUAUCGAAGUGUCCUUCCCCUCGAUCUUUUGGAAGGCACUGGUGUGUGCCCGCGUCGACCGUCUAGAUCUGGAGGCCAUCGACAAGUACUGCACAAACAUGCUCGAGAUGAUGCGCUCUCCAAUGGACAAGGACGUCUUCAACGACCUCAUCUUCCAGACGUUCACAUCGCGCUCCAUUGACAAUAGCACAGUGGAGUUGGUACAGGAUGGCAAGAGUCGCGAGGUCAUCUGGGAAAAUCGACUAGAGUACGCCAGGAUGCUCGAGAUGUACAAGCUCAACGAGUUCAAGUUGCAGAUCGAUGCCAUUGCCAAGGGUGUGGCAUCCAUCGUGCCCCUGCACCUGCUCAACAUCUACACCUGGCAGGAGCUUCAACUUCGCGUCUGUGGAAUGCCAGGCCUCGACAUCAAACUGCUCAAACGACACACACGAUACAUUGGCCUGCACCCCAACGAGCCCCGCGUCGUAUGGUUCUGGCGCAUUCUCGAGACAUUCUCAUCUGAGGAGCAGACCCUACUCCUGCGCUUCGUGUGGGGCAGAUCACGUCUGCCCUCAUCGCACGAGUUCACCUUCCAAUUCCAACUUCAGGUGUUCAUUCGCAACGACUCCACACUCUACGACGACGACUAUGAGACAGGCAUUGGUGGACACACCAGUCGCAUGUCCAUCGAUGAGAACCAGGACGAGUACCUGCCAGAGGCCAAGACCUGUUUCUUCACUCUUUCGCUGCCCAACUACAGUUCACAGGAUGUGAUGCGAGAGAAGUUGUUGUACGCCAUCACCACAUGUCGGGAGAUUGAUGCUGACUUUAUUAUCCCCGACGACAGUUCUUUGCCAGCGUUAAUAUCAUCUACCGCAAGCAUCGUUGGAGGUUUGGAAUAA